UUUCUCACACAUGCACCACCAUUCUCUCACCUUCCAAAAUGGGCAGUGCAAGUAGGCCUCUUCUCUCUCUCCUCUGCUUCAACCUUCUCAUCUCCUCUACUUUCUCAGAGCUCUGCAACCCACAAGACAAAAAAGUCUUGCUCCAAAUCAAACAAGCCUUCAACAACCCCUACGUCCUUACCUCUUGGAAAACAAACACCGAUUGCUGUACUGACUGGUGUUGUGUCACAUGUGACUCCACCUCUCACCGCAUCAACUCCCUCACCAUCACUGCUGACAACCAGCUCUCUGGCCAAAUCCCACCUGAAGUUGGUGACCUUCCAUACCUCGAAACCCUUGAAUUCCACAAACAACCCAACGUCACUGGUACUAUUCAACCUGCCAUUGUCAAUCUCAAACACCUCAACUUCCUCGGACUCAGCUGGCUUAAUCUCACUGGCCCAAUUCCUGAUUUCGUCAGCAAACUCAAAAACCUCACUUCCAUUGACUUCUCAUUCAACCAACUCUCUGGCUCAAUCCCACCCUCACUUUCGGAGCUUCCAAAGCUCGGUUGACUUCGCUUGGACCGUAACAAACUCUCCGGACCACUCCCCUAUUCUUUCGGCAAUUUUCCUCAGGGACUAUACCUGUUCCUAUCUCACAACCAACUAACCGGUCCAGUCCCAACCUCGCUCGCCCACAUGGACUUUGGCUCUAUUGAUUUGUCGCGAAACAAACUCGAAGGCGAUGCAUCUGUGGUUUUCGGAUCGAGCAAGACGACAGAGAUCGUGGACUUGUCGAGGAACUUGUUGGAGUUUAAUCUGUCAAAGGUUGUGCUCCCCAAGAGUUUGACUUCUUUGGAUCUUAACCACAAUAAGAUCUUUGGAGGUCUUCCUGUUGAGUUGACCAAAUUGAAUUUGCAAUACUUGAAUGUGAGUUAUAAUAGGCUUUGUGGUCAGAUUCCAGUGGGUGGUAAAUUGCAAAGCUUCGAUUAUUCGAAUUAUUUCCACAACCGGUGCUUGUGUGGCUCUCCACUUCCAAGCUGCAAGUGAUCUUAUAAUGGAUUUGCACAGAAACUGAAGUGGGUCUCUCUGUAAUUUUCAAUUUACUACUACUACUACAAUGUACUAAGUUUUUCAAAAGCUGUAGUAUCUAGUAAUAAGUUUGCUUUAUUGCAAAUUUAGUAAGAUCGAGAACAGACAGGAGAACUACGUAAUAAAAAAACAUGUCCUUCGCCGCGUUGUGCUAAGAGAUUAGGGAGCAGAUUCGGUGUUUUACGUACAGCUAGGCACAGGUUUAUCUUGUUACAGGAAUUUAUCCAUUUUGAGAAUAUUUAAAAACACAAAUAGUUGA